CGGCAUAUGUGUGUUAUAAAUGAUGCUGACAGAACGCCGACAAGGAGUGGAGAAUCCAGCACAAAAACUGGAUUCGUCGGAUGACGAAUUUAAAGUUCAGAGGAUGGUCCGUAAAGUUUGCACCAGCCCGAAGCCUUCGCGAUUGAUUUUUGAGGAUGAGAACGAUGACGAGGACGAACGAUGCGCACGGAGAAAAUCUCGCUUACUGGAACCUCAUCCAACCACUGCACAUAGCCCCCGUCCUAACGAAACCUCCAAUCGGCGUAGAUCAGAUGCUGCUGCGCCACGCGGUAUUUCUCAAACACAAAUCGGGGAACACUACGGUAACUGUAUCAGAUUGGCAGCGGAGAAUAAGAUAACGGCAAAAAAUGCCUUCAAUCUGCAUUUGAUUGAUUACAUGAGUGAUAUGUUGAAGAAUGAGGACUAUGCCAGUUUUCAGAUUGCCAGUUCUUCCCUCGAUGCGGGAGCCAAGAUUUACGCUGGUCGUGUGGACGCAGUUCAUCAAGAAACGUAUCAAGUGCUUACCGGACUAGGUCGUUCAGAUAAAGCCCCAAUAGAGAACGCCGAAGAUGACACUGAUGGAGAACCUAGCACGCAACAUCCCGCGAAACCUGGGCAACCCAGAAAAACGCAACCGCAACGAGACAUCAUACAAAAACAACUCAGCAAGAUUCGAUCCAAAGCUCUGACUUCCAAAGCGGACGUCGAUCCGUUAUUUCAACAUCAGACGUCAGCCUAUGACGAUGGAGGUACCGCUGAAUUACGCCUGAACCAGCUGCGUAGUCUGGAUGAAACUUGUACCCUCAUACUAGACUCAUCCACUCCUGUAAUACAGGCUGUCCAGCGGACUUCUGCGGAAUCAGUCGAUGUACUUGGACUCGCCAAUACAAUCCAACUCCUGCUGCCCGGCAUGGCCAAUCAACUGGUCAUGUGCCCUAGUCUCAGAAACUUUCGGUUCACAGACUGGGAUCUGAGUAAUGAGUCCACCACUCUUCUGAGUCUCCCUCCAUCUCCUGCAACUCCGGCUGGUGGAGACCCGUUGCCAAAUGACGCCGACGAUCAUUUUUCCGACAAUGCCAUGGAUGACGACACUCUCGUCGCCGCUCCCCCUGAUGAGGUUGAUCAGAUUAUCCCGUGUGGUUCGGACGCGGAUGCCGCUUUACGCAAUGGUAACGAUAUGAUAGAGCGCAUCCCAUCCCCUUCAGAACCAGCUCGACAGGACACUGAUGUGUAUCCUUAUGCUCUUAAGUCACCCGAAUCCCUCGGUCAGUAUCCCUACAAAGCCCACCGAAUCUUUUCCAAGUCCGUUUCCUGUGGCGUUACUUCCGUUAGUAUCACUUCAUCUCUUCUUUAUUUUGACAGUCUGGCGGACAGCGAAUUGUUCGUAUCCAGUCUAAAAAGCAUGUUGGGGAAGCAAUACGAGCAUUUUGGUCAGCUGAACGAUCAUAUCCUUGGCAUGUGGGCCGGUCCUGAGCAUUGGAGGAAGAAGACAAAACGUCGGCGAUUCGAUCCUAUCACAGGACUGGAAGCGGACGCUGAUGCUCAGAAUGAAAAUGCAGAAACUGACGUAGUGUUGGUGGGAAAAGACCGCAAGGCAAGUCGAACGAAGAAACCCAAAAUUGCCAAGGUCAUUUACGACCCUGCACGACUUCCAAGCGAAAAUAGGACCAGGAACGGAAGUUUGGCGCGUAAUACUUGGCCGAAAGGGGUCCUCUCAGAAGGCGUGCCUAACAGUGCAGCGGCCAAUGCAACAGUUUGCAAGGAGCAGUACCGACAAAAAGCGAGUAAACAAAUGAACCUGCUUCCGUCUCAGUGGACUGAUGUUCGCCAAACGCUCUAUCAGCUUUACAAUCGUGAAGUUAUUCUGGAGCCCACUCAUCAUCCGGAAUCCAACUUACCACCAAAUGUCAAAGGAAUAGAGCCAGGCGAUAUGGGCGUCGCGCAUCCCAAUUCUGAGUUCUGUGCAAUCCUGGAUCACCCCGACGGACCGCAUACUAUCGCACUUGAUGCCAUGGACGAUAAUCAUUUGGAUGGCGAACCACCAGACUCUCCCAUCUGUGUUGGUGAUGAUGAUGAUGACGAUAUGGGACUUCCAUUCCAAGGUGUAUUCACUCAGUUUCCCUACCGAGAAGUCGUAAUUCACAUGACUACCGAAAUAACACCACUUUCCGUAUCCUUUGCCCGGCAGUUUACCAAUGCUCAGGGUGAAUUCACUACUCUUGGUGGACUCGACCUAGUAUCCCAGCCACGAAAGGUUGCACGCAUUGAAAUAGACUAUGCUCGAACUGCAAAGAUGAUCAACGUUCGUCGUCUAAAAUUGGCAAUGUGGAAUUUCCUCGAACAUACCCUACCACAUCCGCUCAACGGUGCGCGGUCUCCAAUGUCUGUAGCCUCCACUUCCUCCGCGCCUGAUGGUGCCAGUCUAACACCAUCACUUUCGGGUGAAACGGCAGCUGCCCCAGAAGUUCCUGGCCCUCUCGCUUCAGAAUCCAUUACGUCACCCCAGAUGGAAGGUCAUCCGGAUGUCAGGGUGCCUGGAGCAGUUAGCUUCCGAACUCUUAUCGGCAGUCUAUCCAGUCGAAUCAGCUGGCAGAUGGCCAAAGAACUCAGUAUUCCUAUAGCCUUCAAUUGCCUAUUGCACCUGUCUAAUGAGAAGAUUCUUCGUCGUCAAAGGGCGGCACUCUUGUUCAACUUCGUCACUGAUGAAAUAAUGAGGCGAACAAUGGACAGUCUUCAAAACCCCGGUGUUCAAAUUGUUGCUGAUGAGAGCCCUGUCGAUUUGGAGUACGCUGAUGAGAUCGCUCUCAACUUUGAAGACCAAAGCGAAGCACAACCCCUGUUGAAUAAACUGACCACCAUCAUACCAUCUUUUGGCAUGCGCCUUGCACCUUCAAAGUGCGAAAUGCUUCAGAACGUGCCGUCUGCGAACAUACCCCUUAUAAUUCAAGCAGAAUCACCGGAGAUUGUGGAAAACUUUACAUACCUCGGUAGUUGUACUAGUUCUGACGGAAGUGUGUCUGAUGAAGUCAGUGCAAGAAUCUCAAAGGCUCGAAUCACGUUUGCUAAUCUGCAUCACUUGUGGCGUCAAAAAGGCAUCUCACUGGAUCUUAAGGGUCGUGUGUACCUGGCUACAGUAAGGGCUGUGUUGUUGUGUGGGUGCAAGACAUGGCCUCUGCGGACAGAUGAUGUGAGGCGUCUUCAGGUUUUCAACCACCGAUGCCUCAGAAGCGUGGCUGGUUUUGGAUGGCGUCAGCGUGUCAGUAACGAGGAUUUGUAUCUGGAACCAGUUCCGGGUUUUUCGGACAUUUUCGUUUCCCAAGGUUUACCCGAAUUUGAAAUCGAAGCGCUCAAGGUGUAUCAAUCUGAGCACUUCCAUUAUGAUGAGAUAGGUCCAGAUGGAAGUGCCAAACGACAUUCUCGGUCGGAUAACGUCAGACAGAAAAAAGCCAAGCGACAUCGAGCGUCUACUUUGGAUUCUUGGCUAGUGGAUGGAGAACCGGAUGGAAUGCAAAGUCCAGCUUGAUUUUAUUCCCCUUAUUCCCAUCAUCUGUUCGUUCCACCGCAUUUAUCCCUCCUCCAAUGCCCAGGGACUGCUAUUGCUCAGUGUUUUCCGUUUCUCAUCCACAUGUGAACCUCCAUUGUUUCUCCCUCCUCAAACACUUGUACACAACCACUGGUUCACUUGCUUGUAUUUGUUGUAAAAUAACCCCAACGAAUGUGUACUGGUUCAUGCAUCAUCGUCAGAACUGAGGCUAUUUUUGUAUAGUUGCUAAAUUGUCUCAAUAAAUAUACAUAUUGUU